AUGGCCUCGGAAGUGGUGUGCGGGCUGGUCUUCAGGCUGCUGCUCCCCAUCUGCCUGGCAGUAGCGUGUGCAUUCCGAUACAACGGGCUGUCGUUUGUCUACCUGAUCUACCUCUUGCUCAUUCCUCUGUUUUCAGAACCAACAAAAGCAACAAUGCAAGGACACACAGGGCGGCUGCUGAAGUCGCUGUGCUUCCUGAGCCUGUCCUUCCUGCUGCUGCACAUCAUCUUCCACAUCACCCUGGCCAGCCUGGAAGCCCAGCACCACAUCACACCUGGAUACAACUGCUCAACGUGGGAAAAGACGUUUCGGCAGAUCGGCUUUGAAAGCUUGAAGGGAGCCGAUGCUGGCAACGGGAUCCGCGUGUUUGUGCCUGACAUCGGGAUGUUCAUCGCCAGCCUGACUAUCUGGCUCGUCUGCAGAAACAUCGUUCAGAAACCAGUGACAGAAGAAGCAGCACAAUAUAACCUGGAGUUUGAAAAUGAAGAACUGGCUGCUGCAGAAAAGGCGGACUCGGAAGAUGCUCUGAUGGACGGGGACGCAGACGGGGACGGCGCAGAGGGCGAGCUGGAGGACAGUGCCAAGCUGAAGAUGUUCCGCAGGGUGGCCUCUGUGGCCUCCAAGCUCAAGGAGUUCAUCGGCAACAUGAUAACCACCGCUGGCAAGGUCGUGGUCACCGUGCUGUUGGGGUCCUCGGGUAUGAUGCUGCCGUCUUUGACCUCGGCUGUCUAUUUCUUUGUAUUUCUGGGUCUGUGCACCUGGUGGUCCUGGUGCCGGACGUUCGACCCAUUGCUGUUCAGCUGCCUCUGUGUCCUGCUGGCGAUUUUCACUGCUGGGCACCUGAUUGGACUUUAUUUAUAUCAGUUCCAGUUCUUUCAAGAAGCCGUUCCACCCAAUGACUACUAUGCAAGGUUGUUUGGUAUCAAAUCAGUAAUCCAGACAGACUGUUCCAGUACCUGGAAGAUCGUAGUAAACCCAGAGCUAUCCUGGUACCACCAUGCCAACCCCAUCCUGCUGUUGGUGAUGUACUACACGCUGGCCACGCUGAUCCGCAUCUGGUUACAAGAACCCCUCGUGCAGGACGAGAAGACCAAGGAGGAGGACAGAUCCCUGGUUUGCAGCUCCAACCAGAAAACUGCGGAGAGGAAGCGGAGCCUGUGGUACGCUGCCCAGUACCCAACCGACGAGAGGAAGCUUUUAUCCAUGACCCAAGACGACUACAAACCAUCUGAUGGCCUGCUUGUGACGGUGAAUGGCAACCCUGUGGACUACCACACCAUCCACCCCAGCCUGCCCUUAGAGAAUGGCCCUGCCAAGACUGAUCUGUACUCCACCCCCCAGUACCGGUGGGAGCCCUCCGAGGACUCGACAGAGAAGAAAGAGGAAGAAGACGAUGAGAAAGAAGAAUUUGAGGAGGAAAGGAGCCAGGAGGAGAAAAGGAGUGUCAAGGUCCACGCCAUGGUCUCCGUGUUCCAGUUCAUCAUGAAGCAGAGCUACAUCUGCGCCCUCAUCGCCAUGAUGGCCUGGAGCAUCACCUACCACAGCUGGCUGACCUUCGUGCUGCUCAUCUGGUCCUGCGCCCUGUGGAUGAUCCGCAACAGGAGGAAGUACGCCAUGAUCAGCUCACCCUUCAUGGUUGUCUACGGGAACCUGCUGUUGGUGCUGCAGUACAUCUGGAGCUUUGAACUUCCAGAAAUCAAAAAGGUCCCCGGUUUUCUAGAAAAGAAAGAGCCAGGAGAGCUUGCUUCAAAGAUUCUGUUCACUAUCACCUUUUGGCUCCUGCUGAGGCAGCACCUCACAGAGCAGAAAGCUCUUCAGGAAAAGGAAGCUCUUCUGUCUGAAGUCAAAAUUGGAAGUCAGGAAAAUGAAGAGAAAGACGAGGACCUUCAAGACAUACAGGUGGAAGGAGAGCCCAAAGAGAAGGAGGAGGACGAGGAAGCACAGGAGGAGGAGCAAGAGGACGAGGACGAAGACCAGGACAUCAUGAAGGUGCUGGGCAACCUGGUGGUGGCCAUGUUCAUCAAGUACUGGAUCUACGUGUGUGGUGGCAUGUUCUUCUUCGUCAGCUUCGAGGGCAAAAUCGUCAUGUACAAAAUCAUCUACAUGGUGCUGUUCCUGUUCUGUGUGGCCUUGUACCAGGUGCACUAUGAAUGGUGGAGGAAAAUUCUAAAAUAUUUUUGGAUGUCCGUGGUUAUUUACACUAUGCUGGUGCUUAUCUUUAUAUACACAUAUCAAUUUGAAAACUUCCCAGGCCUGUGGCAAAACAUGACCGGAUUGAAAAAAGAAAAGCUAGAGGAUCUGGGCCUGAAGCAGUUCACUGUGGCAGAACUGUUCACGCGCAUCUUCAUCCCCACCUCCUUCCUGCUGGUGUGCAUUCUGCACCUCCACUACUUCCACGACCGCUUCCUAGAACUCACAGACCUCAAGUCCAUCCCCAGGAAGGAGGACAACACCAUCUACAGUCACGCCAAAGUCAAUGGGCGCGUGUAUCUCAUCAUCAAUAGCAUCAAGAAAAAAUUACCAAUCCACCAAAAUGAAUUGGCCCACCCCGAGGGAAGCCUCCCAGACCUUGCCAUGAUGCACCUGACCGCCAGCCUGGAGAGGCCCGAGGGGAAGAAACUGGCCGAGCUCGGGGACGAGAAGACAGAGGGCAGCCCUGGAAAGGCUGAGAAGGGCGAGCUUGGGAAGGGCAGCGAGGAGGGAGAAGACGAAGAGGAGGAGUCGGAGGAGGAGGAAGAAAUGUCAGACCUGCGGAACAAGUGGCACCUGGUGAUCGACCGCCUCACGGUGCUCUUCUUGAAGUCCCUGGAGCACUUUCACAAGCUGCAGGUGUUCACGUGGUGGAUCCUGGAGCUGCACAUCAUCAAGAUCGUGUCCUCCUACAUCAUCUGGGUUUCUGUGAAAGAGGUGUCUCUGUUCAACUAUGUGUUUUUGAUUUCUUGGGCUUUCGCUCUGCCUUACGCCAAGCUCCGCCGUGUGGCUUCCAGCAUCUGCACCGUCUGGACCUGUGUGAUCAUCGUCUGCAAGAUGCUGUACCAGCUGCAAACCAUCAAGCCCGAGAGCUUCUCUGUUAACUGCUCCUUGCCCAAUGAAAACCAAACCAACAUACCCCUGCAGGACCUGAACAAGUCCCUCCUCUACAGUGCGCCUAUUGACCCCACUGAGUGGGUUGGCCUGAGGAAGUCUUCUCCCUUGCUUGUCUACCUGAGGAAUAACCUCCUGAUGUUGGCCAUUCUGGCCUUCGAAGUUACCAUUUACCGCCAUCAGGAGUACUAUCGGGGUCGAAACAACCUUACUGCCCCUGUGUCCAAAACUAUCUUUCAUGACAUCACAAGAAUGCAUCUGGAUGAUGGACUUAUUAACUGUGCCAAAUAUUUCAUAAACUACUUCUUCUACAAGUUUGGCCUGGAGACCUGUUUCCUAAUGUCAGUGAACGUGAUCGGCCAGCGAAUGGAUUUCUACGCCAUGAUUCACGCCUGCUGGCUCAUUGCUGUCCUGUACCGACGCAGAAGAAAGGCCAUCGCGGAGGUCUGGCCCAAGUACUGCUGCUUCCUGGCCUGCAUCAUCACCUUCCAGUACUUCAUCUGCAUUGGCAUCCCGCCUGCCCCCUGCCGAGAUUACCCAUGGAGGUUCAAGGGCGCCGACUUCAACGACAACAUCAUCAAGUGGCUGUACUUCCCGGAUUUCAUCGUGCGGCCCAACCCAGUGUUUCUCGUCUACGACUUCAUGCUGCUCCUGUGCGCCUCCCUGCAGCGGCAGAUCUUUGAGGAUGAGAAUAAAGCUGCCGUGCGGAUCAUGGCCGGGGACAACGUGGAGAUCUGCAUGAACCUGGAUGCGGCCUCCUUCAGCCAGCACAACCCCGUGCCAGACUUCAUCCACUGCAGAUCCUACUUGGACAUGUCCAAGGUCAUCAUCUUCAGCUACCUCUUCUGGUUCGUGCUGACGAUCAUCUUCAUUACUGGGACAACCAGGAUCAGUAUAUUUUGUAUGGGUUACCUGGUGGCCUGUUUCUACUUCCUGCUCUUCGGGGGCGAUUUGCUACUGAAACCCAUCAAGAGCAUCCUGCGCUACUGGGACUGGCUGAUCGCCUACAACGUUUUUGUGAUCACCAUGAAGAAUAUACUGUCGAUAGGCGCGUGUGGAUACAUUGGAACGUUGGUUAAGAAGAGUUGCUGGUUGAUCCAGGCCUUCAGCCUGGCCUGCACCGUCAAGGGCUACACCAUGCCCGAGGAUGACGCCUCCUGUAGACUGCCCAGCGGGGAGGCCGGGAUCAUCUGGGACAGCAUCUGCUUUGCCUUCCUCCUGCUGCAGAGACGCGUGUUCAUGAGCUACUAUUUCCUGCACGUUGUGGCCGACAUCAAAGCUUCCCAGAUCCUAGCUUCCAGGGGAGCCGAACUUUUCCAGGCCACAAUUGUCAAGGCUGUAAAGGCAAGAAUCGAGGAGGAGAAGAAGUCCAUGGAUCAGCUGAAGAGACAGAUGGACCGCAUCAAGGCCAGACAGCAGAAGUACAAAAAGGGUAAGGAGAGGAUGCUGAGCUUGACGCAGGAGGCUGGGGAAGGCCAGGACAUCCAGAACCCCCCGGAAGAGGACGAUGAAAGAGAAGCAGACAAACAGAAAGCCAAGGGCAAAAAAAAGCAGUGGUGGCGGCCUUGGGUCGAUCAUGCUUCCAUGGUCAGGAGUGGAGAUUAUUACUUGUUUGAAACGGAUAGUGAAGAGGAGGAAGAGGAGGAGUUGAAGAAGGAAGACGAGGGGCCACCCCGCAAGUCAGCAUUCCAGAGAGCUAUUGGGAAGUUUGCGUCAGCCAUUUUAGCCUUGCCCAAGUCUGUCAUUAAACUUCCCAAAACUAUUCUUCAGUAUUUAAUCAGAGCUGCAAAGUUUGUCUAUCAAGCCUGGAUUACUGACCCUAAAACAGCACUUCGCCAGAGGCGGAAAGAGAAGAAAAAGUCUGCAAGAGAAGAGCAGAAGCGAAGGCGGAAAGGCUCUGGGGAGGGUGCGGUGGAAUGGGAAGACCGAGAGGACAAACCGGUCAAAAAGAAGUCUGAUGGACCAGAUAAUAUCAUCAAGAGGAUAUUCAACAUCUUGAAGUUCACCUGGGUGCUGUUCCUGGCAACGGUGGACAGCUUCACCACCUGGCUCAACUCCAUCUCUAGGGAGCACAUUGACAUAUCCACCGUCCUGAGGAUCGAGAGGUGCAUGCUGACCAGGGAGAUCAAGAAGGGCAACGUCCCAACGCGGGAGAGCAUCCACAUGUACUAUCAGAACCACAUCAUGAACCUGUCCAGGGAGUCGGGACUGGACACACUGGACGAGCGGCCUGGAGCAGCCCCGGGGGCCCAGACAGCCCACAGGAUGGAUAGCUUAGAUUCCCAUGACAGUAUCUCCAGCUGCUACACUGAAGCCACCAUGCUGUUCUCAAGGCAGUCCACCCUUGAUGAUUUAGACGGACCAGACGCUGUUCCUAAAACGAGCGAGCGCGCUCGGCCUAGGCUCCGUAAAAUGCUCAGCAUGGACAUGUCCUCCUCGUCAGCUGACAGUGGCAGUUUAGCAUCCAGUGAGCCCACGCAGUGCACCAUGCUCUACUCACGCCAGGGGACCACGGAAACCAUAGAGGAAGUGGAGGCCGAGGCAGAGGAGGAGGUGGUAGGCCCUGUGCCCGAGCUCGAACUCCAGCUUGGGGACACCCAGGAGGAGGAGGAAGAAGAGGAGGAGGAAGCUGAGUGUGAUCUGGGCCCCGAGGAGGCCGGCCUCACUCCUGAGGAGGAGUGUCCGCAGUUCUCCACCGAUGAGGGUGACGUGGAGGCCCCGCCGUCCUACAGCAAAGCUGUGAGCUUCGAGCACCUGUCCUUCGGCUCACAGGAUGACUCUGGGGGCCAGAACCACAUGAUGGUCAGCCCUGAUGACAGCCGCACCGACAAGCUGGAGUCCAGCAUCCUGCCGCCCCUGACCCAUGAGCUGACGGCCAGCGAGCUGCUGCUGAACAAGAUGUUCCAUGACGAUGAGCUGGAAGAGUCCGAGAGGUUCUACGUGGGCCAGCCCCGGUUCCUGCUGCUCUUCUACGCCAUGUACAACACUCUGGUGGCCCGCUCAGAAAUGGUGUGCUACUUCGUGAUCAUCCUCAAUCACAUGGUCUCUGCCUCCAUGAUCACCCUCUUGCUGCCCAUUCUGAUCUUUCUCUGGGCCAUGCUGUCGGUGCCCCGGCCCAGCCGACGGUUCUGGAUGAUGGCCAUUGUCUACACCGAGGUGGCCAUCGUAGUCAAGUACUUCUUCCAGUUUGGCUUCUUCCCCUGGAACAAGAACGUGGAGCUGUACAAGGACAAGCCCUACCACCCCCCCAACAUCAUCGGCGUGGAGAAGAAGGAGGGCUACGUUCUGUACGACCUCAUCCAGCUCCUGGCUCUCUUCUUCCAUCGCUCCAUUCUGAAGUGCCAUGGCCUGUGGGACGAAGACGACAUCGUGGACGGUGGCGACCAGGAGGAGUCGGAUGACGAGCGCUCCUUCAGCCACGGCAGGAGGGACUCCUCCGACUCUCUCAAGUCCAUCAACCUGGCCGCCUCUGUGGAGUCCGUGCACGUGACCUUCCCCGAGCAGCCCACCACCAUCCGGAGGAAACGCUGCGGCAGCAGCCCCCAGAUCUCCCCGGGGUCCAGCUUCUCUUCCGAUAGGUCCAAAAGAGGCAGCACCAGCACCCGGAACAGCAGCCAAAAGGGCAGCAGCGUUUUGAGUAUUAAGCAAAAAAGCAAAAGGGAACUCUACAUGGAGAAGCUUCAGGAACAGCUCGUCAAAGCCAAAGCGUUCACCAUAAAAAAGACGCUGCAGAUCUAUGUGCCCAUCCGGCAGUUCUUCUACGACCUCAUCCACCCGGACUACAGCGCAGUGACCGACGUGUACGUGCUCAUGUUCCUGGCCGACACCGUGGACUUCAUCAUCAUCGUCUUCGGCUUCUGGGCCUUCGGGAAACACUCGGCUGCUGCGGACAUCACCUCUUCGCUCUCGGAAGACCAGGUCCCCGGGCCGUUUUUGGUGAUGGUCCUCAUUCAGUUUGGAACGAUGGUGGUGGACCGAGCCCUCUACCUCCGGAAGACGGUGCUGGGCAAGGUCGUUUUCCAGGUCAUUCUUGUGUUUGGAAUUCACUUCUGGAUGUUCUUCAUCCUCCCUGUCGUGACCGAGAGGAAGUUCAGCCAGAACCUGGUGGCCCAGCUGUGGUACUUCGUGAAGUGCGUUUACUUCGGGCUGUCCGCCUACCAGAUCCGCUGUGGCUACCCAACGCGCGUGCUGGGGAACUUCCUCACCAAGAGCUACAACUACGUCAACCUGUUCCUGUUCCAAGGGUUCCGCCUCGUCCCCUUCCUGACCGAGCUGAGGGCAGUGAUGGACUGGGUGUGGACGGACACCACACUGAGCCUGUCCAGCUGGAUCUGCGUGGAGGACAUCUACGCCCAUAUCUUCAUCCUCAAGUGCUGGCGAGAGUCGGAGAAGAGAUACCCGCAGCCCCGGGGCCAGAAGAAGAAGAAGGUGGUCAAGUACGGCAUGGGCGGCAUGAUCAUCGUCCUGCUCAUCUGCAUCGUGUGGUUCCCUCUGCUCUUCAUGUCUCUGAUCAAAUCUGUCGCUGGGGUCAUCAACCAGCCCCUGGAUGUGUCGGUCACAAUUACCCUGGGCGGGUAUCAGCCCAUCUUCACCAUGAGCGCCCAACAGAGCCAGCUGAAGGUCAUGGACCAGACGAAGUUUAAUAAAUUUAUGAGAGCUUUCUCUAGGGACACUGGUGCUAUGCAAUUUCUGGAAAAUUAUGAAAAAGAAGACAUAACAGUAGCAGAACUGGAAGGAAACUCAAAUUCUUUGUGGACCAUCAGCCCUCCCAGUAAGCAGAAAAUGAUAAGCGAACUCAAGGAUCUCAGUAGUAGCUUCUCUGUUGUGUUUUCAUGGAGUAUCCAGAGAAACAUGAGUCUGGGGGCAAAAGCAGAAAUAGCAACAGAUAAGCUCUCUUUUCCUCUUCAGAACAGCACAAGGAAGAACAUAGCCAACAUGAUCGCUAGCAAUGACCCAGAGAGCUCAAAAACCCCAGUGACCAUAGAAAGGAUCUACCCAUACUAUGUGAAAGCACCCAGUGAUUCGAACUCAAAACCUAUAAAGCAGCUUUUGUCUGAAAACAAUUUCAUGAACAUCACCAUCAUUCUGUCCAGAGACAAUUCAACUAACUCCAACAGCGAGUGGUGGGUUCUCAACCUGACAGGAAAUAGAAUCUAUGAUCAGGAGUCACAAGCUCUGGAGUUGGUGGUCUUCAAUGACAAAGUCAGUCCCCCCAGCCUGGGCUUCCUGGCUGGCUACGGGAUCAUGGGACUGUAUGCCUCAGUCGUCCUCGUGAUUGGGAAAUUUGUCCGGGAGUUCUUCAGUGGGAUCUCCCACUCCAUCAUGUUUGAAGAGCUUCCGAAUGUGGAUCGAAUCUUGAAGUUGUGUACGGAUAUUUUUUUAGUCCGAGAGACAGGGGAACUGGAACUAGAAGAAGAUCUCUAUGCCAAAUUAAUAUUCCUGUACCGCUCUCCAGAAACGAUGAUCAAGUGGACAAGGGAAAAAACAAACUGAGACCGUGGGACCCAGACUGCGGGUAAUGUGAACCUUUGGAUUUUUUAAAAAAGCACAAUACUCUCCUAAGAGCUAAGUGUUUCUCGUUCCAGGAAGUGGCUUCUCUUCUGAUGGGCGGCCCAAGGGGCUGACUUCCUCCUGCCGCCGGGCCACCUUGCCAGCGAGGCGCUGCUAAAGAGGUCAUCUGCAGUCCCCUCUCUGAGGUCAGGGCUGCGAUUUGGCUGUGGUCAGCAACAUCUUGCGUUCUGAUGGACCAUGUGAAGAAUCUCCCAGGUCCCUCCCCUCAGAGAAA